AGCACAUGCGCAUCUGAACAUACUGAUGAAUCUCACACCCAUCACCUACACAUUUCAAGCAGUUAGCAGAUAACGGUUUAAAGAUCUGACACACUAAAAUGGGAAGAAAACAAAAAUCUCUCCCAGAAAACAUUUCAGAUCACAAGGAAGUAUUCAAAAAGCUCUAAAAAGACCCCCAAAAUGGGAGAAAAGGAUGAAGUUGCGUAUAUGCGCUACAAAUGGUGUUUCCCAAUUAUUAAAUUGAACUAUUAGCCUACCAAUAUUUACAAGUCUCCAACAGCAAGCUGUUUAUUCAAAGGAAAAGUUUUAUUUGUGGGUUAAGAGAUAUCCUGUUUUCUUAAACUCAGAGGUAGCACUGUAUUUGCAGUUCUAUUUUAGUUCUGCAGCAAACCACACUGAACUCCAUUAAGCAUUAAUCUACUGAAUACUUUCCCCUUGUCCUUCACCGCCGCACGCCCCGCUCCAGAGGGGCAGGCUACUGAAGCCCGGCUGCAGGCGGGCGAGGGGCGGAGCAGCCAGGGAGACUCAAACUUCCCUCGCCGCCGCAGGUAGCUGGGCUGGGCUGGGCGAGGGCUGCCGCGGCGGCAGCUGCGGGCGAAGCGCAGGCAGCCUCCCGCCAGCCGCACGGGUCAGGAGAGAGCGGCGGCCGCUGGGGGGCGCGGCCUCCCCGACGGGCAGCGCUCAGCGCACGCGGACGCCAUGGCGCGAUUCCCGCCCCCGCCGAGCCCGGUCAGCGGCGCGGGGCACGGGGAAGGUGAGGCACCCGCUCCACCUGUGGUGGCAAUGAUCAGCUAACCGGGCUGAGGCGCUUCUCCCGCGGACGGCCGAGCCCCGGCCCGGGUCGGGGGGGCGAGCCCCGGGCAGCUGGGGGCUGAGCGGGCUCGGGGACCCUCCCCAGGACCCAGCGUGUUGGGAGCCGGCGGCUUCAUGGGCAGCACCCGUCAGGAUGGUUAUGGACAGCAACAGCAGUCACGUGUCCGGCCACCUCCGCGCCUUCGCCCUGGAGGCUCCCCGCGAGCUGAGCGGCAGUGGGAUGGUGGCUGGCUCCCUGAACCCCCGCUGGCUGAAGAUCAUCCAGGAUGUCACCGCCAGCCCCAGCCCCGCUUUCAGCCUGGCGCCCGAAAAUGACACCGGCUGCGGGGAGCAGAUCCUCAGCUACGGCAACAUGGAGAAAGUUGUGAUCGGGGCCAUCCUCUCCCUCAUCACUCUGCUGACCAUCGCGGGCAAUUGCCUGGUGGUGAUCUCCGUGUGCUUUGUGAAGAAACUCCGGCAGCCCUCCAACUAUCUCAUUGUCUCCCUGGCUUUGGCUGAUCUCUCGGUAGCGGUGGCCGUCAUGCCCUUUGUCAGCGUAACGGACCUCAUUGGAGGAGAGUGGAUCUUUGGCCACGUUUUCUGUAAUGUCUUCAUUGCUAUGGAUGUGAUGUGUUGCACUGCUUCCAUUAUGACUUUGUGUGUGAUAAGUAUUGACAGGUACCUUGGAAUAACAAGACCACUUACAUAUCCUGUGAGGCAGAAUGGAAAAUGUAUGGCUAAAAUGAUCCUGUGUGUAUGGCUCCUCUCUGCCUCUAUCACCAUACCACCACUUUUUGGUUGGGCCCAAAAUGUGAACGAUGAAAAAGUUUGUUUAAUCAGUCAAGACUUCGGUUACACAAUUUACUCCACUGCAGUUGCGUUUUAUAUCCCGAUGUCAGUGAUGCUUUUCAUGUACUAUCAGAUUUACAAGGCUGCUAAGAGGAGUGCUGCUAAACACAAGUUUGCUGGUUUCCCACGGCCAGAAGAAAAUGAAGGCAUGGUUUCUGUGAAUGGAGUUAUAAAGCUACACAAGGAAUCAGAAGAAUGUACAAAUUUUUCACGACUCCUUAAACAUGAUAGAAAAAACAUUUCCAUCUUCAAGAGAGAACAAAAAGCUGCCACUACCCUGGGAAUUAUUGUUGGGGCCUUUACUGUGUGCUGGUUGCCAUUUUUCAUCCUUUCAACUGCCAGACCCUUUAUCUGUGGUACAGCAUGCAGCUGCAUCCCGUUUUGGGUUGAAAGAACAUUUCUAUGGUUGGGUUAUGCAAACUCUCUCAUUAACCCCUUUAUAUAUGCCUUCUUCAAUCGGGACCUGAGGACAACCUAUCGCAAUCUACUACAGUGCAGAUAUAGGAAUAUCAACCGGAAACUAUCAGCUGCAGGGAUGCACGAGGCUCUGAAGCUUGCAGAAAAGUCAGAAUUUGUGCUAAAAGGAUAAUUGGAUAUUUGCUGAGGAGAAAGCAUACUCAUUACAAAGUAGUCUCCAUCACUACAAGUUAGAAAUAAGGUAAUUAUCUUAUAAUGCCAAAGAUAAUUCUGGCCUAAAUUCUGCUCUAACAUUCACCACAUUAAACUAACUUUAAAUGAAUUCAGUGGUGUUACUUGAGACAUACACCAAUGCAGAAUUUGUCCCAGUCUUCUUGAAUAGAGUUUGUAAAGUCACUGGAAGUGCACAAGCUUGUAGGCAAUAGCUGAUGUUUAUCAGAUACAUAGAGGGAACAUUGUAUUCCCUCACUACCUUGUUCAUGUGCAUGGCUAUGCACCCUGCUGGCAGGUUUCAUGCACAGUUACAUUUGAGCCAUUCAAGAGACCUUUAUGUGCCAGGAGGCAUCUGCUUCCUGCUGGAAGAAGGGGCUUAAGGGCUCCCACUCCACCUGCUGUCUUCUGUCUGAGGUAAGGGGGUCCCAAGGCUCCCCGUCCUCCCAUGGAAAGAGUGAAAGUAAUGUAUGAUAGCGGGGGGAGGGGAGCGUGUGUGUGUGUGUGUGUGUGUGUGUGUGAGAGAGAGAGAGAGAUGUCUCUACAGUGGUGAUAAGCAUUAGUACAAAACCCUAAAACAGAUUAUAUCUCUCACUCUCACACACACUGAAAGUUAAGGGAGGUUAUACAGGAUGGAUAGAGGAAAAGGGAAAUGAAAGGGGGCAAGGACCUUACAAGGAACGUAAGUUAUAAGAGAAAUAUAUGAGGAAAGACAGCUAGUAAGUGGACAGGAAGGAAAAUGAAAAAAUAUGUGAAUGACAAAUAAGAUGGAUAGAAAGGGAGACAGCAUAGCCUGGGGGAGAAAAUGGGAGCUGAAGAGAUUGGACUCCCGGAUGUUAAAUUUAAGAUCUAGUAGUUUUUGUUCUGCACACAUACACACAAAAUUAGAGGCAACAUGGGGACCCCCAUGAAUCUGAGGGCAGACACAUGAACUGAUCUAAUUUGCAUCCCAGGUGAAAUGAAUGGAGCUGCACAGGUGCUGAGAGCAGAAUUUGGCCGAGAUUGUCAACAUGUUAUAUACAAAUGGUACUGGGGCUGGUGUUGCCAUAAAUAAAUUUUCAUAUCUAACAUGAAAUGAAUAAUUUUGACAUCAGAGGUCACCCAUCUGCCCAGACAUAUGUUUUAAGAUUAACACAUUUUAAGGCCAAUUUUUUUUUUAAACUGGGGAGUGUCUAAAGGUAAGUACCUAAAUCAAUAUUCUGAAGUCAAUGGGAGCUGCAAGAGCCUUUAAUAUCCAGCUUUAUGUUUCCACAUCUGAGAAUUAUGGCUUAAAUUUUUCAGCAAUCUGAUCCUCAGGUGUGGGGAUUCUCUCUACACACCCAUGCUGGAUCCGGGAGGUGUUUAGAAAGCUCCUUGUUAAUCACAAAGGCUGAAAGACUUCUGAAAUACCAAGUAAAAAGGACAGAAGGAGCCCUUUCACCCACAUAAGCACUCAAUCAGUAUCUCUACAGAGAGGUGUGGCCACUUUAUCAAGCAGGCCCAUGCAUCCCAUCUCAAAAGGGUUGAGGUCUUUGUUACACCAGAUGUAUCUGGUGUAACAGAGCAGAAUGUGGUCCUUGGCUUUGGAAUUUGGCUAAGAUCAUGGCUAAAACAAAGUUAUGCUUCUCCUGAGAAUGCUCUCUCACUAUCUUGACUGCUUUUAACUAACUAGCUUUGUGAAAAAGCCAAAAGGUGUCUAAUCCCAGAGGAAAGGAUAUCCUUAAUUAUCUACUUAGAUAUCUACUUGAGGCAACAUAUUAGCAUAGUUUCGGUUUAGUUAACACUCGAGUUAUGUAAAUAAUGGAAAUCGUUAUCCACAAAUAUUUACUUAAAUUUGAAAGUGAAAGUGCUUUGUUUGUGCUCACACCACUCUUUUGUGUUUACUUUCUAUUACAUUCCAGCGAGUGAGUUUUGCUUGCAAGAACGUGUGCAGGAACUACAUUUUAAGCUCAAAAGCUGGAGUAUGUAGAUACUUUAUAUAGAAUUCCGUUUGAGGUUCAGGUUUUCCAGGUCCCAUUACCAGAGCCCAGGCACAUGGGCAAUUAAUGUGUUAUUGUAUCCAGCAACAAAUUCUGAAUUGCUUGCUCCCAGAACUGUUCAGUCUCCUUCAUUCUCCAUGGCUCCUGCCUCAUGGACAGGGGCUUGUAUGUCCUGAUUUGGAAAGCAGGGGAGUCAAUCUAGGUUGUAUCUCUAUGAUUAGGGCUGCUCUGGGCAGGAUCUCUAUGGUUAGACUUUCUCAGGACUCACAGGGUAUGUUUACACUGCAAUAUAAGCCCAGGGUUCAAACUCAGGCUCAAGCCUAACCCUCCUUCCAUCUACACACAAAUUGUGCUAACUCUGGCUCAGGCCCAGGAUCUCCUGGGGUGGAGGGUCCAAGCCUCAGUCAAGCCAGGUCCCAGGGUUCAAACCCUAUUGCUUUGCUCUGUGGAUACAGCCCCACUGGACUCGUGCUCUGGGAGUCUCCACAAGUGUCCCACACUCCCACAGGCUGACUUUCUUUGUCUUCUGGACAGGCAAGUUUUCCCACACUGCACCGCAAACAAGGCUACAGCAGCCACGUUUUGGGAUGGUGCUCGGAAGUCAAGUCUGGCAUAUGGCUGGUUGGAGUCGGGCCUACAUAAUGCAGUGUAGACACUGGAGACCCAGGGUGGAACCCAGGAUUCAACAAUUCCUAACCUAGAGUUACAAAUGUGCAUAGACAUUCAAUCCCUGGGUUUACAAACCCAGACUCUGCUAACUCAAGUUCUACUAACCUGGGCUUACAUUGUAGUGUAGCUCUACCCCCAGAGACCCAACCAGACAUUGAGCCUAGGGCACAGUCCCUCAUGGCCAAAGACUUGGGACAACUACUAAAGUGCUCUAGCAAUAACCAGGGAUCAUUAAGUAGUCAGGACCACGCCCACCUCAGUCAGGGUCAACUGGGAAGCGCCAAGAUCCCACUCGUUUGGAUUUCCUUCCACCUCCAGCAGUGCACCAGAACCUGGGUUUGGUGAGUGUCAGAGCACAAUAUACGACCUAUUUGUUUAGCCAUGCUUUUGAUUAACUGAUGGAUUCAAUUAAUAGCAGAAAGUGGAGAUCUGUUGUUGAGCCUUUGAAAUAAAAGAAUUAUAAUUUUUUUUUCAAAUUAUUUUUAACAGUUUAAAGCGAGGUAUCAAUCUAUCAUUUUAUACUCAUUUGAUCAAAAUAAAAGUAUUUUCUCAUUUUCUCUUCCUAUCCAGAUAUUAUUUUAUUAUCCAAUACCACACAGAGCCAUAGAUGUGCCAAAUAAUCUGAAAUAAAUGUACUUCAGACAGUUAUUGAGUUAAGGGUGUUUAUGAGUAAAUCUGUACUGCAAAGUUUUAUCUUUUGCUCCCUUUUCAUGUUCUAGCUUUGUGGUAUAACAAGCAUUCAGUAUAUAUAAAAGAAUGUUGUACUAUUUUUACUAUUCAACAUAGCAUCUCUAGAGCACUGUUGAGGUAAAUUUAGGGAUAGGUCAACUAAGACUCUAAAAUGCAGGACAUAGAAUACCAAGGAACCUUGAAAAUGAUGCCAUUUAUUUUGUGCAUAGCUACCAUCUUAACUUUCUAUUUGAUUUUUCUUGUCUUUCAGGAAAAACUGCUCAAGAGAUAAACUUCUCUCAGGGAAAGCACAGGAAAAAAUUAUCAGCAGAUCCUGAUCAUAGCUCACCGUAGAUCUUAGGUUCUUUUCAUCCUUUAAAAAGAAAAUCUCUUUGUCUCUUGGUCUUUGUACAAUAAGUACAUGCUAAUAGUAUCUUUAUGGCUGUUAUCUUUAUUUUUUCUCUAAAUAGCCAUUGCCCCUCAUGAGUAUUGAAAAUUGGUUUAUAAUUUUUUUUCAAAUGUUCAUUUUCUAUACAUCUUAAUAAUGGUAGACCAGUAGCUCUCAACCUUCAGCCCUUCUCCCAAAUAACCAGGACCCUUUCGCACUGUAUGGAAAGUAUGGGAAGUACAGAGUGUUUGCAAUUCCAGGACAUAUGUUCACAACCCCCAGACUGAUGGCCUUCACUGUAGAUGAAAGGCAGUCUGAUUAUUUGCUUUCUCGUGGAUGCUGAUAUAUAUAUAUAUAUAUA